UAACCGCCGGGCGCCGGAGGUCGGAGCCGCCCGUUUCUCGUCCAUUUUCUCCCGGGAUCUCGACGAGUGAGGUUGCACGCACUUACGGAGAAGAAAUAUGAGCGAAUCUGUCGAAAAUGCUAUGUCGAACGACUCGAACGUGGGACACGUGGCGAAGCGUCUCACGCCGGAGGAAAUCGAUAGAAUGCGGGCGCAGGAUUCUCGCUUGGUCUCCGAAUUUCGCGCGAAUCAACUCGAGAGGGACGCGAAAAAGCAUUGGGAUUUAUUCUACAAGCGAAACGAUAUCAGAUUCUUCAAAGAUAGACACUGGACCACGCGGGAAUUUGAUGAAUUGCUGGGUUUGGGCGGCAACGAGAAUCAAAAUGUCCUCCUCGAGGUGGGCUGCGGGGUCGGCAAUUUCAUUUUCCCCUUGAUAGAGGACGGAUUGAAAUUCCGAAAAAUAUUCGCGUGCGAUUUAUCCACGAGGGCGAUAGAGCUGCUUAAGAGUCACACGUUAUUCCAUCCGGAAACAAUGCGAGCUUUUCAAACGGACGUUACGUUAGAGAAUUGUUUCGCUGAAAUUGAUUGUCCGGUUGAUGUUACGACUCUGAUUUUUGCAUUAUCGGCUAUUCAUCCCGAUAAAUUUCACAAAGUUGCCCAAAAUAUAUACAACGUUCUUGGUAGUGGAGGAAUCUUAUUGUUUAGAGAUUACGGAUUGUACGAUAUGGCACAAUUCCGUUUUAAACCUGGGCACAAGAUUAGCGAGAAUCUCUAUAUGCGGCAAGAUGGAACCAGGAGUUAUUAUUUCUCUGUAGAACAAAUAGCGUGCCUAUUUGAAUCUGUUGGUUUCGAAACAUUGGACUGUGGCUACAUACAGAGACGUACGAUAAAUUUAAAGGAAAACAUUGAUGUUCCGAGAAUCUUUGUUCAGGCAAAAUUCAAAAAAUCUUGAAUAUGUAAUAAUGAUAGUGAUACUGUAGUUCAGUAACACUUAUGGCAAACUGUAUGGAAAAUUUUAAUUCUUAAAUAUGAUCUAAUGAUAUACAAAAGAAAUGCAUAAAAUAACGCAGUCGACAUCCAAGACAUCUCGGACGAAAACUCGAGAAAAAGGGCUUGUGUACUUUUUAAAUAUAUGAAGACAUUACGAUGGCUCCGUGUACAACCGAUUGACUCACAAUCAAUCAGAUCUCAAGUUUGAUUCCGCUUUAUCCGAUGUACGUCUUGGUUUAUGAAAGAUUGAUUAAAGAGUUAAAAGGAAUAAAAGACUGAGGAUUUUGUGGAACCCCUUUGGGAACAAUAAAUUAAUAUAUAUUGCAGAAGAAAUUACGAUUCUAAAUAUGAAUAAUGUUAGCCCAUACAAAUGUAUAUGAUCUGUUAAUGUGCAAUAUGGUGUGAAUAUUGUGGCAGUACCAAACACAAAUUUGUAUUAUGUUUUUGUUUUAAUUUUAUAAAUAAAUUUUUAUUAUGUAUUA